AUGGCCGCUUCCGGCGGUUUGCCGCUUAACCCUUUCAACGGAGUCAACGGAGUCAACCCUCUCUCUGACGCGCUCCGCGCUCGGCCGCCUGCGGCCCUCUCCUGCUCGCUCUCCCAAGGGCUGUCGCUCUCGCUGCUCUCGUCUCUCUCUGCCACGUGGCAGCACGGCAAGCACCGCCUUAGAGCCAGUGCAUCGGACGCAUCUCAGCCGUUGGAAGAACCAUCACAGAAGAAAGGUCAAUCUGGGUCGUUGCUGGAGAGGUUCCCCCUCAAGGCAGCGGUGACGGCGAGUGGGCUGGCGCUGACAGGUGAUACGAUAGCACAGCUGGUGGAGCGAUACCGACGCCGGCAGGCCAAAGAGAUUGAAAUAGAGGCGGCGUCGCCCUGCUGCAGAAAGAGACUACGGGGAGUGGCGGACAAGGAGCUGUGGAAGCAUGAUUUCGUCCAAGCUCUGCGCAUGGCAUCCUAUGGCUUCCUGCUCUACGGCCUGCUUAUGCCUGGGUGGUUGAUUCGGGCCUUCCCCUUCCUCCCCACGCAUCUCGCCCUCUUUCCCCGUGCUUCCCCCCUUCCCCAUCAGCUGCGAGGAGUGGCGGACAAGGAGCUAUGGCAGCACGAUUUUAUCCGCGCUCUGCGCAUGGCGUCAUAUGGCUUCCUGCUCUACGGCCCCGGCAGCUACGUGUGGUAUCAGUGCCUCGACCGCAUGCUGCCUGCUCCCACGCUGACAAACUUUGUGCUCAAGGUGACAGCGAAUCAGGUGGUGCUGGGACCGUGUGUGCUGCUGGUGGUAUUCGCAUGGAACAUGGCGUGGAUGGGCAAGGCCAAAGACAUUCCUGACAAAUACCGCAGGGAUUUCUUCCCUGCGCUUGUUGAUGGUAAGCUAUAG